AUGUCGAUCUCCCCUUGCCAGCUUGUAGUGUUGCUCAAGUUGCGGCACCUAUCUCUGUUUGUUUUUGUAUUGGCGUUCCUUUUUUCGGUCGAUGCAGGAUCGGUUCUCUCUUCUACUUCGACUCGAUCCAAGCAGCAUAGUCCCGAGUACUCCGCCAUAUGGUACAAAACCCCUUCGAAUGAUAGAUCGCUAGCAAAUGGUAUCAAUUGGAUGAUUGCCGUUCGUGAGGAUCUACGUGAGAUUCGCGCUCGUGUGGCGUAUGAUAUCAAGAAGCUGUCUCAGUUUUCUGGAGACUGUGGGUCGGAGGAGACUCUUGAGGAUGACGAGCCGCCCAAUCUCUUUCACAAUUCUGAUUCUGAACAUGAUGGUGAUGAUACUGGUUCGGCGCAUGCCGGACCUAAGAGUGAUGGGUCGGAGGUUGGCUCUAUUGAUCUGGAUUCGGAUGUUGAUUCUGAUGAUGUUCAUGAUGUUGAUGACGUUGAUGAUUGA